UGGGGGGCAUUGCAAUUAGAAAACUGGAAAAACCCAAAUUCAACUAUUGUUGGUCGGCUCUCUUCCGAGUCAUUUGUCUUCUGGACACUGGUGAAAAAUAUUACCAAAACAAAGAAAACCCCCCAACCCGAACCCGAAACUAAUGUACGGGGGCCCCGGGAAGUUGGGCCGUGGCGGCGGUGGCGGCAGUGCGGGAAAGAGGAACAUUCACGCGCCGCCUAUUAACAGAGGUGCCCCCGCCGGUCGUCUCUCCUUGGGCGGCGGCCCCCGUGGCCGCGGUGGCGCAUCCUCCGCCGCAAUCUCAUCCCCGUCGACCUCUUCGCUGCAGGUGGAGGAGAGUUUUAGCCUUGUUAGGGAGAAUCCUCUGAAUUUCGGUAUGGCAAUAAAGCUGUCGCCUGACCUCGUAGAGGAGAUCAAGCGCGUGGAGGCACAAAGGGGUUCUGUGCGUAUCAAGUUCGAUGCUAAUGCUAAUAAUCCUAAUGGAAAUGUUAUUCUUGUAGGCGACAAAACCUUCAAAUUUACAUGGUCAAGGGAACCGGGGGACUUUUGUGACAUAUAUGAAGAACGUCAAAGUGGUCAAGAUGGAAAUGGCCUGCUUGUAGAAUCGGGAGGCACUUGGCGUAAGCUGAAUGUGGAGCGAGAACUAGAUGAAUCGACUAAAAAUCAUGUCAAAAGGCGGUCAGAAGAAGCUGAGCGCAAGCUAUUAUUUAUAGACUGGGCCAUUGUUUUAGACCAUCAGAACCCUUCUAUGAAGAAUCAAAUGAAGGCACUUGCUGCUGCUGAGUCUACACCAUGGAGAAAUUUCAAGCACCGGAAAGAACCUCCUUUCAAAAAGCCAAAAUCUGAUCCAGCUUCAGGUGGACCUCCUAAGUCUGUCUAUAAAUCUGGUUUGCCUGUAACAACUCUUUCGAAGGGUAAGCUCUCUGCUGGCUCACCUUUGUCUGCGCAACCUGAGCAACAUGGUGCUCCAGGGUCCCCAAUUGGAAGUGGCAAUCUUGUCAAGGGACACGCCGUUGUACAAGAUGUUGCACCCAACCAACCUAUGAAUAAAACUGCCAGCUCGGACAAGGAAAUGCACAGCAGGCUGCCGAGUAGUACUAUCCGUGAAAAACCACCAAAACACAACAAAAAUACAGAGGCCAAACCUGCUGAUUUGAGAAGUUUGAUGAUUUCUCUGCUUCUGGAGCAUCAGUCUAGGGGAAUGAGUCUUAAGGCCUUGGAGAAAGCUAUUGGAGAUGCUAUGCCCAACUCAGCCCGACAAAUUGAGCCCAUUUUGAGACAAAUUGCAACUUUUCAAGCACCUGGGAGAUAUUUCUUGAAACCAGGAGUGGAGAUGGACGGCUUGAAGAAGCCACCACCUCAAAUUGGAAGUUCACCAGAAAUCUAUCAUCGCCAAUCACCUGCACCCGAGAAGUUUGACCAAUUUCCUGCUCAAGAUCCUACAUUUUCCAUUAAAACAGCUGCUGAUGAUGAAGAACAGGGUGAAUUGAAUUCUCUAUCUGUGGAUACAAUGGACACCACAGAGAAAAUCGAUAUUAUACAUAAUUCACCAGAUCAAUUUACUGACAAAAAAGUUUCUAACAAUAGUGAAGCAUUGGCAGGCAGCUCUAGUGACAGUGGUAGUGACAGCGAUAGUGAAAGUGACAGUAGUGACAGUGGUAGCGAUAGUGGAAGUCAUAGCAAAAGUAAGAGUCAAAGCCCAGUUGGAAGUCGAAGUGAGAGUAGUAGCGAUAGUGACAGUGAUGCAUCUUCCAGCAGCAAGGAGGCAUCUGAUGAGCACGUAGAUAUAACGACAAGCGAUGAUGAGAAAGAAUCCAAUCAUAAAUUGCAAGAUUCUGAUCCUAUCUCACCAAAACCUUCUGUUCCGUGGAGUCAACCUGAUGAUGAAGAUGUUGAUAUAGGAAAUUAUGAUAAGCAGGAUGAUCAUGUCUCUGAUGCAGUUGAGAUUGAUAAAGAUUCCCCUGAAGAUGAUCAUGAUGCUGAAAGGCCUCCAGCUAAUUAUUUAUUUCCUAAUAAAGAAGGUGAAGAACAAGUUGAAGAGAUCAGACCCUCUUUUCCGGAUCAUCAUGAACAACAAGAAAGACCAGUCUCUGAAAAAACUCAUGCAGUGGACUUUUUGGUCACCAAUGACUCCAAGCAUGAUCAGUCUGGUACUAAUGAAAGAUCAUCAAAAGGCAAAUCUAAAAGAUGUUUUGAUGAUAAGCAUUCUGAUGAGAGGACUCACAAUAGAAAGAGGUUGAAAAGCAAAAACUCGAAUGAACCGGUUGCUGGGACUAUACACUCUCUUUUUGGUGAGAGUCCUUGUAACUCAUCGCCUGAUAAGCCUCUACAAGGGCCUGACAAAGGGCCCAUAAAUCUAAGUUUUAACAGAACCGCUAGGGACGGAACUAAUGAUCCCAACUCACAAACAGGUUUCAACCAAGUACUUCCAACUAGGUAUGUCUCUGAUUCUCAUCAGCCAGGUCAAACAUCUUAUGAAGCUCGAGGAUGGACUGAAGCCCCUUCUGGAGAAAAGAGGCCUGGCAAACAUGACAUCUUGGAUCAUGGGGUUAAAUACUCUGAAAGAAGCCUUCAAACCAAUGAGGGUGUUAGGGGGCAGAAAGGAUUUAACACAGAGGGACAAUGUGAAGAUGGUUUGGUUAGUGAGAGAAGGCAGAUGACAUUUUCCUCGGAAGGUGUUGGAGACAAACAUGCAACAAUGGCAGAAUCCCAUUAUAGAAAAUCUGAUGUGCUGGGGAAGGUGAAAGAGGCUAGUACUUCUAACUCAUACAUGGGGUAUUCUCCCAAGGAUAACAAUACUAGUAAUACAGAUAGAUCUCCGGUGAUGAAUGGUCGUGGGAGUUUACUUCGGAGAGAGCAUUCAGACUUGGAGUUGGGUGAAUUUCGAGAACCCUUCCGUGAUGAAACCCCUGGGCCUAAGAAGCAAUUUGAGAGGAAAAGUUCUUUUAAACAAUUGGAUGACAACCCAGUCAAUUCCGAAUUUUGGAACUCGGAUUUCAGUAGAGGAAAACCACAUAACAAGAUCACUGCUGAUUCAGGGAAAUUGUCCCCACCGAAUUCAGAAGCUGCAGUCUCUGGCAUUCCAGGUGGACCAUCUAAGAGGAAGGACCCAGAAGUUUAUGUUGAUGAUCUUACAAGAUCUCAUCACAAAGGCACUCGACCUCUGCACCAGCAUCAUCAACUCUGGGGAGAUCAUAUUGAGGUUGGUUUGCAAAACAAUAAAGUUCCUGAAGUGAGUAAUAAAAGUAGAUUUGCUGAAGUUGGGACUGGUCAGGGGCCAAACUUGGAAGCUUAUGGAGAUACUUCCAGGAAAGCAUCUGUUAAUUCAACAGAGCAGCAGCAUGACCCUAUACGUGGAGUUGGUUCCUACACCAAGAAAGAAAGUAAGAAACAGAAACCUAAUAUGGUAGGUGAUUCAAAUGAUAGACGAAAAGAUGCUUCUGUUACAGAGAGCAUUGAUGGUGCUCAGAAAAAGAAAGAAUGUUUGUCAGAUGAGAACAGUUGUUCAUACACCAAAUACGAGAAGGAGGAGCCUGAGCUGAAGGGUCCGAUAAAGGAUGCUUCUCAAUACAAAGAAUAUGUGAAGGAAUAUCAAGAGAAGUAUGAGAGCUAUUGUUCGUUGAACAAAAUCUUGGAGUCAUACAGAGAUGAGUUCAGUAAACUCGGAAAGGAUCUUGAAGCUCACAAAGGUAGAGAUAUGAAGAGAUAUUGUGACAUCUUGGAGCAGAUGAGAUCAUCAUUUCGUCAGUGUGGGGAGAAACAUAAACGUCUGAAGAAAAUAUUUGUUGUGCUUUAUGAAGAACUAAAGCAUUUGAAACAGAUGAUUAAAGACUAUGCUGCCUCAUAUAAAAAGGACUGACUGGUUUAACAGUCGUUGCCUGUUGGGGCACCCGCAUUUUAUAUUUGGAAGGUGAUACAACUUCAGGUGAUAUAUUCCUUGCGAUGGUAAUCUCUCGGUUUCAUGGUGAAACCGUGCUGGUAAUGCUCUGCAACUGGAACCUGGAGAGCUUCCGCGCUAGCCUCCAUUUCCAAAAGUUGAAAGUGGCAGCGGCUGAUUUUGGAAGCCCAAUGUAGUGGUGUGGAUGUAUUCGAGACCCGUGACGGUGGUGUGGUUGUAUCCCAUAAGAUGGGAUCUCCUGGUUGGUUUUGUGGGAUAUCGAAAGUGUAUAUAGUAGUGUACAAUAUCUUUCUCAUGGUUCUUCAUGGUACAGAUGUAUUCUUAUGGUUUCUAGGAGGUGUGCGGUUUAAGGUUCUCUUGCCCUUACUGAUUUAUUUAGUCGGCAAUCAUUGCGGCAUUACAUGUCCAUUGUGAUGAAAAAUUUUGACGUUACUUUAGUGGCGAUAGAAACAAUAAUAGGAUCUAAAGUGAUUCCGUAUUUUUGGUCAUAGUGUAAGCUGCUGCUUUUUUUGGUGGAGAGGAGAGGGUAAGUUGCUUGCUUCGUUUGUCUUCACUUUGUUCUUUGGGUAGAAUUCUAUAGGACCAGAAGUUUAAAUUGGGCAGAGAUGAAUUGAUAUGGUCCAAUUGGGCAGAAAUAAUUGAAUAUCGACCUGACAGGGCUAUGCUUGAUGCUACUAAAGUUCUAAUAUAAUCAGAUUUACGCGGAAUUCCAGAAUCCGAGUUAAGAAACGGACUCGUCAAGGAAGCCCAAAAGUUGUAGAUUUGUUAGGAGCCUAUCGGCCCAACAAGCACACGAAAGGCCCAAUUCCUAGAUAGGCUGCUUUUCUGCUACUUCUAUGGCAUUUCCG